CGGAACUUAAUAGUGUAACAUUCACCGGAAGAAAACACGGCGGUAGUAGUGUUAGCUGCAAGUAUUAGAAAAGAUUUUUAGCGCCUAUAAUUCAGCUACAAUGCCUUCAGUUCGAUGUUUGAGAGAGUUUGUCAGCGAGCGACUAACUGCUGCCGCUGAAGAAAUAUUCAAAUUCUUUGAAACAACUGUCAUCGAAUACGAGAAAGAGAUCGCUCGUCAACGCAAACUGCUGGAUAUCGCUUGGAAACCCGACAUAACAUUGCACAGGCUAGAGGUCCCAGAGCAAUAUACCUUUAAGGAGGAGCAGGAGGUCCUUGCUAACCAUCAGCUCUGUAACCAGGAGAGGACUUCCAGUCUGGCCCAAGAGAACCCAGAGCCUCCACAGGUUAAAGAGGAACAAGAGGAAUUUUGCACCAGCCAGGAAGAAGAGCAGUUUGAACAGAGGCAAGGGACAGAUACCUUUUUAUUAACUACAUAUGAGGAAAGUGACACCAGACAAACUCUGCACAUGAAUACUGAUGAAACAAUGAGUUUAGCAGAGAAAGCGUCUGUAAUGAACACGGCAGUUAAAAGCUCUGUGGUGCCAGAACCAAACAGUGAUUUUCAGCUCCUCUCUCUCCACCCCCAUGUACCCGAGAGCCAAGAUCAUAAAGGAGCCACCCAUGGAGACUCUGUAUCAACUUCAAAUGCAGAGCCAUCAUUAAAUGAGAGACAUCACAGUGACAGCUCUCCCAUGCCCAACAAUCAGUGUAUUACUAAUACUGGUAAAAAGGCUGUCAAAUGUAACACCUGUGGGAAAACAUAUAAGUAUUUGUCUAAAUUGAUUGUACAUUUGAGAAGCCACACUGGUGAGAAGCCAUAUUUUUGUGUGGCUUGCGGGAGAAGAUUUGUUGACUCAUCAUCAUUGAAAAGGCAUAUGAUAACCCACACAGGUGAGAGGACAUUUUGUUGUAACACCUGUGGGAAAACAUUCUUUCACGCAUCAACCCUGAAAGGUCAUAUGAGAGUCCACACGGGUGAGAGGCCACAUUUUUGCAACACUUGUGGGAAAAAAUUUACGACAACAUCCGGACUGAACGCUCAUAUAAAAAUCCACACGGAUGAGAGGCCAUUUAUGUGCAAAACCUGUGGGAGAAAUUUCAGACGUGGCAGUGUCUUGAUACGACACAUAAGAACCCACACAGGUGAGAGGCCGUAUGUUUGCUACACUUGUGGGAGAAGAUUCAAGGACACGUCAUGUUUGAGAAGGCAUAAGAGAAUCCACACCCCCAAGAAUCUGUAGCUUUGCAACACCUGUGUGAAAUCUGUCAGAUGGCAGAAUUCAAAGAUCACAUUAAAAGCCAUACAGGUUAGAGGCUUUUAACUUGAAAACCACAUGAGAUUAUUGUUAUUUAUUGUUUCUGUCUUUGUAAAAUAGUUUGAAUUGAAUGAAUACUGAAAGGUGCUAUACAAAUAAGGUUUUGAUUGAUGAGAAUGCACAUAGAGGAAUGGCCAUAUGUUUGCAAGAUCAGUGAAAAAUACCUUAUUGAACACAGGAGGAACCUUUGAGCUGAAAUGACUGUAGAGUUCUGAAAAAAGCUCAUCUGAAGUGAUAAUUGUUUGUUUGUGUUAACAUUUGUGGUUUGUUUUUCCAUGAAUAGUUUUAUAAAAGGAAAUGUCUCCUAUGUGUUAACAAUGCCUUAUUUCUGUAAACAUCAUGCCAUAGAUUAACGACCAUCACUUGUAGGUGUGUUCCCUUUAUGUUGGAGUAACAUUAUAUAGAGUCUGGUGGAAGUAAGUGGUGAUUAAUCCAGCUGUUUUUGUCUAGCUCAUCCAUGUGGCUGUAGAUCAACACAUUUUUAUAAUAUUAUGUUAUCAUAUCUCUAAUGCUAUGGUUGUGCAUUAAAUAAGUCAAUUUAUAGAAGUAAAGGUAACUAAAGAAUAAUGUACCAUGGUGGGAUAAACAAAACAUCAGCAAAGAAUAGAAGAAGGGUGGUUCAACUAGUGAAAAAAGCUCAACCAUAUGAUACAGUACAAACAAGCCCAAUGAGGAGGAAGUGCUGUGAUUCCAUUGGGAGCAUGAAUCAAAAAUGUAAAAAAUAUAAUGACAAAAUAUGUUGUAUCACGUUGAAACAUUUAAAUACAGAAGAAUAGAUGCUAUUGCUAUUAUUAAUAGAGUAUAUAAAGAAGGAAUAAUUACUGUCUCAAAGAAACCUGCAAAAAAUACUCGUCAAUUUGCAAACCAUGGAACAGAUGGUACUUGGAAAGCAGGUACCUACUAGAGCAGGUUUAGAAAGUGUUCUUUUCUGUUCUGGUUCUGAUGGUCCGUGAUCUAUGAAAAGCAGAAUAUGGGGCACUUCAGUGGAGUGUAAUAAGUCAUUUUCUAUGCAGGUAAACGUAUUUGUACAUAUAAUGAAAGGACAUGGUUGAAAAUAAGUAAUGACUAUAUCAUAAAUAAAAGAUCGGAUUAAUCAG